UAAAUUCACAAUUUUGCCAUUCAGGCGCAAAAGGUUUUUCUUCUUCUUCUUCUCUCUCUCUACUCCGUUCCGUCGCUGGCCGAUCGUCGGAAUAUUGACUUGUACCGUAACGUUCACUGAUGCCAGUUACCCUUUGAAGCUGAAGGUCAGAUAAGCAUAAGCCAUGGGUUUCGACAUUGAAUGCAUACCAAACAUUCAAUCUCUCGCCGGAGAGUACUUCUGUCCUGUCUGCCGUCUGCUAGUUUACCCAAAUGAAGCUCUGCAGUCUAUGUGCACUCACUUGUAUUGUAAACCAUGUUUGACAUACAUCGCAAGCACGAGUAUGGCAUGCCCAUAUGAUGGCUACUUGGUGACUCAAGCGGAUGCAAAGCCGCUCAUGGAGACGAACAAAGUAUUGGCUGAUACUAUUGGCAAAACUAAGGUUCAUUGUUUAUACCAGAAGAGUGGAUGCACAUGGCUGGGUACUCUGUCAGAGAGCUCAUCACAUUGCUUGGGAUGCGCUUUUGGUAAUUCACUAGUUGUAUGCAACAGGUGUGGAGUUCAGAUUGUACAUCAUCAAGUGCUGGAGCAUGCUCAAGUUUGUCCUGGCACUCAACAAGUUAGGGUUCAGGAAUCACAGGGUUCCCAGCCGAUUGCUUGCUCAGGCAUGGCAGCUGGCGAAGGUCAGGCACAAGCUUCCACUCAAGCAGGUACUGCUAUGACCACUUCCCAAGCCACCCCAGUUCCUAACCCCCAGGGUCAGGCGGUACGAACCCCAACUCCAGAACAAUGGUACCAGCAGCAACAGUAUCAGCAAUACUACCAGGGCUAUUCGGGAUACCUUCCAUAUCAGCAGCAAGCAUUUGCACCGAACUUGCAGCAACCAUUGCAAUCUCAAGCUCAACCAACCCUAAUUACUGGCCAACACCAAGCUCCACAUGUGCGUCAACCAAUUAAGUCUGAGCCUCUAAGUCAAAAUCAGGUGCAGCUUCAAACACAACUACAAGCUCAGUGCUCGGUUCAGCCACAAUCUCAUGUUGUUUCUCAGGCAGCUCCAGCAUCUCAAUCUAUGAAUCUGACAGUUGCUGCACCACUGUCUCAAACAUACCCUUCAGUUCCUCAAUUCCCAUCGCAGACAUUGCCAGCUUUGCAUGGUCAACCUCAGUCACAUUCCCAAACACAAUCUAUUCCACAAGUAUACUCUGGUCAGCCUCAAUUGCAGCAUGCUCCAGCACCUCAAUAUCAGCAGUUUCCUGGGCAAAAUCAAUCUCAGAUUCACAUGCAGCAUCACGUGCCUCCUUCUCAGACUAACACUGUUCAAAAUAUACCGCCGUCGCGUCCUGCUGGCCAGGCUCGGGCACUGCAGCCACCUGCUCAUUUUAAUGGUCAUCUGAAUCAUUUGCAGCCACAUUUUAACCAGCAAAAUCACGUGGGGCUUCAGAGUAAUAGACCUGUGCACUAUCAGGUUGAAAAUCAACCAACACUGCGACCUACUCAGAUGCAGAAUCUUUUUCCUCGACAGAUGUCCCAUCAACGCUCUCCCCAAUCUCACUUUCCAAUGCAAAAACAGCAGCCCCCAGUCCAUCAGCAAGUAGGACCUUCAGUCCCUCAAGGCCAAGUUAUGCACCCAGCACAGCAGCCCUUGUCACAGCAACCUACCAUGGGACAAUCAUCGGGUGUAGUUCAUAAUCAGAUGCAUCAGCAGAGCGUUUUCACUCAUCCACCUGUAGCUUCGCAGUCUCAUUUACGUCCCCAAGGCACACUUCAGGGUUUACAGAAAUAUCAACAAGCCACAGAGUUGCACCAGCCGAGUAUGCAAAAACAUGGAUUUGAACCACAAAUGAGCCUGCAUUCUGGUAGUGCUUUGCCAGAGAGAUCAGGUCAGCCUGCACCAGGCCAGCCAGCCUUGAUGCAGGGUAUAACUCAGGGGACUGAAAAUCAGUUACCUUUGGCACCCAAGAAGCAGGAUGGAGUAACUUCAAGUCCUACAGUGGGAAAGCAAGGUGAUGAAAGAGUUGAAGAUGAUAGAGAAGCUGAGUCUACCUUGAAUGUCAAUCCGAGUGCUGAAAAUAAAGUGAAAUGUACAGAAGAAGAAGAUACAACUAAAUUUGAUACUGAGCAUAAAGGCAACGGGACUGAGGAACCCGUUGAAUCUGACCGUGGGUCCAGCGCAGCUGUUGAGAACCGUGAAGUGAAAAGCGAGCUUGAAGGCAAGCAAAUGAUAAAAGAAAAGGAUGUCAAUGGCCCGAGGAACGCAGGGAAGGGUUCUGUUAUAGAAGGAAUAGCUGCUGAAGCUGCUAAGGCUGGGGAAAAUAUUGAAAAAGUGGAGAAGAAUAGAGAUCUUCCGCAAAUGCAGGUUUCGCUAGGUAUCAAAUCAGGCAAUAAUCAGCCACCAGUUACUCAUGAGCUUAUAAAUUCCAAACAAAGACCUGGUGCACUUUCUGGGCAAAAAUCAGCAGGGGUUCCACAACAUAUGUCUGCACCUAGAUACCCUCCCCUAGUUCGGCCUCAUGGCCCCAAAAUUUUGUCUGGUACUCGAACUGACUUUUCUGUUGCUCAAUCGUUUCAAGGGAGAGUGCCUCCUUAUGGUCGUGGCCAUCACAGACCUGAAGGUCCUUAUGAUGAAGUGCAUCUUCCCCCUGCUAAUGCUUCGCAGGUAUCCCCUAGUGCAAGGAACUCAUUUGCUCUUGGAUUAAGAGAUGGAAGGUUCAAGCCUUUGCCAAGUGACCGUUUAAACCCUGUUUCAUUGGAGCCUCCUGGACAUAGGCUCUUGGACGAAGGUUUCAAGCAUACCCCUGGGCCUUCUCACUUAGAUAGUGAUUCCUUUCCAAGAUCCGGGGCUUGUUCUUGGAAACCAUUUAAUAGAGAAUUUGGCACGAGUGCACUUUGGCCUCAGGAGAAGUACAAGAUUGAUUUUGAUUCAGGUCCCACCUCAAGAUUCUUCCAGCCUUUUAAUGAUUUGGGAGAGAACCAACUUGGUCAUCGAUAUAUAGGUGGUGGUGGUCAAUUGAGCAUGAAUGACACUGCAGGUAGGGAUCGGUUUGAUCUUCCUAGCCACUUGGCUAGAAGGGAGUUUGAAGCUUGUGGUAAUUUUAGAAUCGACGAGCAAUUACGUCAUCAUGUUGUGAUGAAACAUGAUGUCCUACCCAGCCAUAUAAGGGGAGAUGAUCAAUUUGGUCCGCAUGGUUUUCUUGGUAUUUCAAGGUUGGAAAAGCAAGUUGGUUUAAAUGGUAUCCCUCGCCGGCCCGGUGACCCGGGAUUUAGGAGCAGAUAUUCCCUCCAAGGAUUUCCAGAUGAUAGUGGUUCCAUUCCUUUUAAGGGAGUUGUUGAACCCUUUGAAAAUUCAAGAAAACGGAAGUUAGGAACUGCAGCAUGGUGUCGUAUCUGUAAAGUUGACUGUGAAACAAUUGAAGGUUUAGAUUUCCACUCUCAGACCAAGGAGCACCAAAAGAAGUCCAUGGAUAUGGUCUUAAUAAUCAAGCAGAACGCAAAGAAAUGCAAACUAGCUUAUGCCGAUGGUUCACAAAACAAUACAAAGAAAGCAGAUUCCGAGGGCCAUGAUAGCAAGAAAAAAGGAAUAGCAUGAUGCGGUUCAAAUCUCCGUAUUUUCGUCGUGAAAUGUCAAACCGGAUUCCUUUGGUGGCCAUGUUGGCUACCAAGACCUGGUGACCCUUCAUCGCCACUUCUGCUAUCAGAUUUUGGCUGCAGUUAAUUAUGGUCGAUAGAAAAACGAUGAACAAAGAAUGACGACUUAGAAUCUUCCAGAGGUGGAAAGUUAUGGAAAGUAGCGAACUUUAUUAUAGUGUGGCUUGUACUCAGGGCAAACAAGCAACACUUGGAAAAGAUUCUGGGGAAACAAUUCAACUUAUAUAGGAUCUUUAGCCAUCGGAGACAUACUGUAGCUAGCAUGACUGCUGGUUUUUUCUCCGGGGACUUUGCCUUUUGAUUAUUGAAAAUACGUUUAAAGCUUGAUAACCAUUUUGCUGUAUUUUACUGUGCUGUGAAUCAGUUGGCCUAAACCCAGGGGCUUGGGCUAUUGUAUAAAGUCCUUACAUUUGUGCUUUUUCUUUUCUUGUGUGCGGUUAAAUUACUCGACCAGCCUGCCUGCUUUUGGUGGAGCAGCUACACGAACAAGGGCUGAAAAGCUUGGCGACAUUGGUAUCAGCUUCUUCCCCGUAGAAUUUGCUGGAGCUCGGGAACAGAAAAAUCGACCCUUUUCUCCUUUCAGGACAUUGAGCAUAAGGAGGAGCAUUAUGGAAACAUGCAGCCGCUUCUCUGAUAUUCCAUCCUGAAGGGUUUUUUUUUACACAGAAAAAUGCUAGGAUGUGCAUCAUCACCAUCCAUCACCAUCACCAUCACCAUCAUCAUCAUCAUCCACUUUAACCAAACAUAGUCACCAUAUGCAGUGUAGAGGAUUCAACUUUUGCAAUCUUGAUCUCUGUUUUUUUGGCGUUUUAAAGGUUAUGUCACGAAAUAUGUAGCAAAGUUGCCCAUUGGCUUUAAUUUCUCUCUUAAAUUCGAUUUCUGUUUGUUUCAGACAGGAAAAUAAAGAAGAGAGUUUAUUCAUUAUCUAAA